GCCGUCUGCUCCUUCAUUAAGUUGGAUCAAACUCUUAGGAAUCUGACAUUGUUUAAAUUUCGUUGAAUAAAUACAAUGCAGGAGUUUGAAGAAAGUGUUAUUUUAUGUGAGAAAUGAAUUUCUUUGGAUGAAAACAAUUGAUUCUAUUGAUUUAAUUGCGGGAUAGUGAGGUCAAAGGUUCGUCACUUGCUCAGGUUGAUAGAGGUUUCGACUGAGAGAUAAUCUCUGUUGGAGAAUUUAUCUGUGCCGAGCCUGUCCUACACCUGAACAAGGAGUCCUUCAAGUGUACAUAAGCUUAUCAGACUGGGAAACAUGUUGAGAAUCUAUGUGUCAGUCUUUGUGUUCAGCGUCAUUAUACAGUCUGUGUGUAGCUAUCCUACUGGAGCACCUAAUUCAGCCUGCACACAUGUUACUCCUGAAGCUAGACAUUAUAAAUCUACUGCAGGGAAUGUUAAUCCUUUUUUUCUGAAAUUCAGCAAACAUUAUUAUUCACAUGGAGACAAAAUACAGGUGACUCUAUCUGGUGGUCAAUUUAAUGGGUUCCUGAUUGUAGCCAGAAAGACAACAGAUGAUGCUAAAAAUGUUGGUACGUUUACAGAUCUACCAUCAGAGGCAAAGUUGACAUGUGACCCAACAACAGGUCGCGGCGUAACACAGACCAACGCCAAUCCAAAAAAUUCUGUUACAGUGAACUGGGUGGCUCCGACAGACACAACUGACGACAUUGUUUUUAAGUACAGUGUGGUACUCGACAUAGCGAGUAACUACUUUGCAAAUUUAAACUCUACAAUUCUAAGAUAUGCCUCUCCACUCCAGGGAAAGUUUUACAAAGAUUCGGAGUGCGGAAGAAGCAGAGGGUGCUAUAGCAACUGCCUCCACGAUAUAUGUGACUUGGAAACGUCCUGGCAAGACAAGGGAGAUAACAUAGAAAUCUCACUAACAGCUGUAUUGAACAACGAUGGUUAUGUCUCUUUGGGCUUCAGCAACGCAUCUUUAAUGGGCCCAGCCACUGUUUAUUACUGUACUCUAAACAAUGGAUCUGUCAGCGUCAUCCCAGGAUUGACAUUUGGUCACAGACACACUGAAAGUAAUUUGUCCACGUCUGGCAUCAGUAACGAAGUAAGCAACUACACUGAUGGUAUUCUGAAAUGCAGAUUUACAGUACAAAAAGAAAGCAGUGAUCCUGCCUUGUUUAAUCUCACUGACCCCUGGUACCUGAACGCAGCUAAAGGACCAAUCCAAGGAGAUAGCUUGAGAUUUCAUGGCAGAAUAGACAGAAACGUCACCAGUUAUAGGGUGAACUUAAGCGACGUGUUAACAGACGAAUACUUUCAACCAGCUGUAACCUCAACAGCAGCAACCUCCCAGACUACUUCCUCGGCAACCCGAGCAACCAUGACGACCCUAACUAAUGCCGCAACCUUAACAGAUACAGCCUUGACAGCGACAGCUUUAACAGCUUCAACCAAGAGCUCAGUGGUGACUCCUUCAGGUGCUGACGCUGAAUGUGGCUCAACUAAAGGUUGUUUUGAUAAUUGCAACAACGGCAAGUGUGACCUCUUUGUUUCCUGGAUCUCGAAAGGGGAACAAAUUGAAUUUUCUUUGAAUACAACAACUGGACACAAUGGGGACUACUACCUGGCCGUUGGGUUCUCAGAAACAGGUAAAAUGGGCAAGGCUAGUGUGGUGGCGUGUACAGUGAACCAAGACUCCAUUAUAGACGUUUAUGUUUCAUACAAUGAUGACGCUUACAACAACAAACAAAUGAAAGACCUGAAGACUGCUGUUAAAUUGAUAUCUGGAUCCUACAAAGACGGUGUACUCCAGUGUACAUUUACAAGAGUAGCUUCCAUUGCAAAUAACAGUUAUUUCUUUGACCUGAAUGAGCCUUGGUAUUUCAUCACAGCCAGAGGUCCUGCUACGUUAGGUGGAGAGAUUCAGUUACAUGAUUCUAAAUACAUGUCACAAUCACAGAUUGAGUUUCGAGUGGCAAGAUCCUACUCUCUUGAAGUCACUAAGUACCCUUUGAUCAAAGCUCAUGGUUGUUUGAUGGUGAUUGCCUGGAUGCUUUUAGCAAGCAUAGGUUUAGGAUUCGCAAGAUUUUUAAAACCUUUAUGGCCUUCAAGCAUGCCUUGUGGCGUUAAAGUCUGGUUUGCUAUGCACAGAGCAUUUAUGGUUUUAGCAUUCCUCUGUGGAUGCGCAGGAUUUAUUAUUAUCUUUAUUCAAGUCAAAGAGUACAGCACUAUUGUUGGAGCGUUUUACACCAAAGCACAUCCAAUUUUAGGCAUAAUUACCACAGCGUUACUCGUCAUCAAUCCUUUCAUGUCACUCUUGAGAUGUGCUCCAGACAAUCCCAGGCGACCGUACUUCAACUGGGCACACAGAGCCGCUGGUACCAUUUCUCACAUUUUGGCCACCAUUGCAAUAACAGUAGGACUGUAUCUACCCAAGUCACAAGUUGACAAUGACGCAGGUCUGGCCAUUAUGAUUGUCUACUCUGCCUGGCAUCUGUGUUUCUUCUUGAUAAUGUCCCUGCUGAAUGACUUAAAAGUCAACAUUAUAAAGAGAGAUACUUCAUCCAAGAAAGGCAAUACUUACUCUUUGAAUCAUUUGGACCAGGCCGAUGGAGCAGAACCAGGAGGAAUAAAACAGGCCCCAGUAGUUCCGAAUGCUGGUCUCAGGCAAUGUCUGAUGUUUCUUCACGUCUGUGUUCUCGCUGCUCUAACUGGUGCACUGCUAUACUACGUCAUCCAAGGCAAUGUCUAAACACCAGAGUCUCCAAGACUAAGCUCUUAAGUGUACUCAUGUGUACAGUGUACAUUCAUGUAUAUCAAUGUAAAUCUUUAUGUAUAUGUAUGACUUGAAAUAUACAGCUCCAGUAUCGAACUCACAUUUUGUGUCUGCAAUAAAUAUAAGCUUAAGAAGUUUGUGGUUUUUUUAACCUCUGUAUUGUUCAUGAAUAAUAAACAAUUUCAACAUCUUU